AAAAAAACCAAACCAAUUUAAUUUAAUUUUUAUUAAUCAGUUAGAUUUUAAUUUGCAUCUUCAUUUCCCACCCACUAUUCGAAAUUGCAGUUAAAAUUAAAUAGAAUUCGAUUUAUUUCGUCGAAAUUCGCCUCUGCAUCCCUUUUAAAGAAGAGGGAUCAGAGGAGAAUAAUCGUGUAUUAUAUAUAUAUGUGUGAUAAAUUCACAGUUUCAAGAACUCAGAGAGAAACAACUGGGUAUUGGUUAAUAAUAUUUAGAAUUGUUUUUGUUAGAAAUGGAUGUGAUUAAGAGAGGAGAAGAAGAAGAAGAAAGAAUGGAGGGGUGGUUAUAUUUAGUGCGGUCGAAUAGAAUUGGGUUACAGUACUCAAGAAAACGUUAUUUUGUUCUUCAAAAUCAUUUUCUUAAAUCCUUCAAGUCUCUUCCUUCUUCUAAACAUCAGGAUCCUGUUCGAAGUGCAAUUGUAGAUUCCUGUAUCCGGGUCACUGACAAUGGGAGAGAAAGUAUUCACAGAAAAGUGUUUUUCAUUUUCACACUCUAUAAUACUUCUAAUCAUAAUGAUCAACUUAAGCUUGGAGCAAGCAGCCCUGAAGAAGCAGCAAGAUGGAUUCAGUCUAUUCAAGAAGCAGCUUUGAAGGGUGGUCAAAAUGUUGUUGCCUGUCCAAAGAGCAGUUGGCAGUCCUUUAAAUUGACUGGUUCAAGUCGUGUAAGCCACAACAAACCAAUGGAUUGGACACUUUGCUCAUUGAUAAAUAGUGAUACAGUGACUGAUGUUAUUGCACCUUCGCCUUGGACAAUUUUUGGGUGUCAGAAUGGUUUACGUCUCUUUAAAGAAGCAAAAGACAGGAAUUCUCAUGGGAAGUGGGAUGAUCAUCCUGCAAUUAUGGCUGUGGGUGUGGUUGAUGGAACUUCAGAAGCCAUUUUUCAAACUCUCAUGUCUCUCGGUCCUUCCAGAUCAGAAUGGGACUUCUGUUUCUACAAGGGUAGUGUGGUUGAGCACCUCGAUGGUCACACCGAUAUUAUCCACAAGAUGUUAUAUAAUGAUUGGUUGCCUUGGGGAAUGAAUAGGAGAGAUCUUUUGUUGAGGCGUUACUGGAGAAGGGAAGAAGAUGGAACAUAUGUUAUUCUCUACCAUUCUGUCUUUCACAAGAAGUGUCCACCCCAGAAAGGCUAUGUUCGUGCGUGCCUUAAAAGCGGUGGAUAUGUUAUUUCUCCUGUAAACCAAGGGAAACGAUCUGUUGUAAAGCACAUGCUUGCUAUUGACUGGAAAUUCUGGAAAUCGUAUAUACGAACUUCAUCAGCUCGGUCUAUUACCAUUCGAAUGCUUGGCAGAGUUGCUGCAUUGCGAGAGUUGUUCAGAACAAGACUAGGAACCUGCCCCUCUGACUUUUCAUCAGGCGAGUUAGCAAGAAACAGUAAGCUGCAUCAGACUGAAGAAAUCAGGAGGAUUGGUGACGGGAAGACUAUAGAAUAUCGAAGCGAAGAAUUUGAAAAAGCACCUUCAGAACAUGCCAGCCUAGUAAGCUUGAAUGAUGCUACUGAUGAGUUUUAUGAUGUUCCAGAACCCUCAGAUCAAGAACAAUCGCCAAAUAGCUGGAGCUAUGACUUUGGCCCUGAAAUUUAUUCUCAGCAGGAUAUUCGGCAACCCAGGUUAUCCACUGCUGCUGGUUUUGUGAAGAAAUUGCAUGAUCUAGCUGUUCAGAAGAAGGGUUAUGUGGACUUGCAUGAUAUGACGAGAGAAGACAGUAUUUCGUGCUGCUAUGGAAGUACUCUUCCUAAAGACCCAACUUGUACUACGCUUUCUAGUUGGACAGUAGCUGAUCCUUCUACCUUUUUAAUCCGCGGAGAGAAUUAUCUUGAAGACCAAAAGAAGUUUAAGGCAAAAGGCACGUUGAUGCAAAUGGUUGCAGCAGACUGGCUUACAUCUAACAAAAGAGAAGAUGAUCUUGCGGGACGACCAGGUAGCAUUGUUCAGAAAUAUGCUGCACAUGGUGGACCAGAGUUCUUUUUCAUUAUAAAUAUACAAGUCCCGGGUUCAUCUACAUAUAGUCUUGCUCUAUACUAUAUGAUGACCACACCUUUGGAAGAUUCACCCUUGAUGGAGAGAUUUGUCAAUGGGGAUGAUGCAUUUAGAAAUUCAAGGUUUAAGCUCAUACCUUACAUAUCUAAGGGUUCAUGGAUAGUUAAGCAGAGUGUGGGAAAGAAAGCUUGCCUGAUUGGGCAAGCACUCGAAAUGAAUUAUUUUCGCGGAAAGAAUUACUUGGAGCUUGGGGUUGAUAUUGGGUCAUCGACAGUUGCGAGGGGCGUGGUCAGUCUUGUUCUUGGUUACCUCAGCAAUUUGGUUAUUGAAAUGGCAUUUUUGAUUCAGGCAAAUACACCGGAGGAGCUGCCGGAGUAUCUUCUCGGAACGUGUCGGCUUAACCAUUUGGAUGCUUCUAAAGCAGUUUUAUUGGAUUCAUGAUGAUGUUGGAUUGAAAACUAACUUGGAGUAUCAUUCUUUAAUUCAAUCUAUGAUGUUGUAUAUAUUAUUGGAUUGGAAGUUUAUAGCCAAUAUUGUAAAAAUGCUAUUUCAAGUUAGUGCUUAUUUUUCUAUCUCA